GCCCGUGCAGGGCAAUUCCCUCUGGUUGUCGUCGUUGUCCGCGUCAUCGAUGGAAAGUGCAAUGCAGGACACGCUGCCGGCAUCGUCCCACCACCAAGGACCAGAGAACAAUGGCGCGUCUGCAUUUGGCGCGGCGGCAACAGGGCCGGCCCACGCGGUUCAAUUCCCGUUCGCGUUGCCGCCUUUGCCGAUAUGGAAGAACUUCAAGGUGCCCACGUUCCCGCCAUCUACCCCGGGGGGGUCCACGUGGAGCAGCCAGGUGGAAGGCGGGCAAGGCGGUGCGACAUGCUUUUCUGCGCGAGCGUCCACUGUUCCUGGGAGCACGCGACCGCCAUCGCCUUCGGGUGGGUCGUCGUGGAGCAGCCAGGUGGAAGGCGGGCAGGGCGGUACGACGUGCUUCACUCCGCUAGCGCCUGCUGUUCCAGGCAGUAACCGAUGGGGAAUGCCGCAGGAUGGGCAGAACUGUGUGGGAUUUAGUGGCCCGACUGCAGGUGUCGGUGGGCAACGUCAACAACCACGAGUCGACAGGGUGGUGGGAAGCAAGGGAUCACUGUCCAUGGAUGUAGAAUCAGAGCCGUCCCUUGCCCAAGGGUCGGUGGCCGUUGACUACGAACGGGGACCGUACUCGACUAUGUUGCAGUGCGGCGACGGUGGGUCGGACAUGCAACCCACAUUGCGGUUCCAGUCUUCGAGGAGCCUGGGCGGCAAGGACAUUGGCCCACCAUCACAUGGAGGUCCUCAAGGAGUUCAUGGGAAAGCAGAUUGCAACGUGGCGGAUGCGUGGAUGGGUGGUGUGGCGGACAUUGCAGGCACCCAAUACGGAGGGUGCUCCAGCGCCGGUCCGGAUGGGGAGUUUGGUGUGCAGGGGCGGUCUGGCAUAACCAGCAUUGAUGGCAGCAUCUGGCGUGCACCUGCAGUUGGAGGGGGGGGUGAUGGCGAACCUGCUGCAAACGCAAGGGCCCGUGUAGCGCCGAGCGGAGGGGGUGGUGAGGGUGAACCUGCAGCCAAAGGCAAGACUCGUGCACCGCCAGGCGGAGGGGGUGGUGAUGGAGAACCUGCAGCAAAAGGCAAGCCCCGUUCUCCUGAUUGGAGCACGGACGAGAGAGUGGGGCUGCUCACCUAUCUAUUUCAGGAAGACGCUCUGCAACAGAAGAGGAAAGGAAGACAAAAAAUGCGCACGAGGAAGGAGAAGUACGAGUGGAUCAUUUCCAAGCUCGUGGAGAAAGGGUUCGAGCCCCGCAUCGUUGAAGAGUGUGAACGCAAGUUCUACAGCCUGCUCGACAACGGAAAGAGGAUCCGUGACUUUCACUUGAGAUCCGGUGAACGGAUCUAUUGGAACAUGGAUCGGGUGUCCAGAAAGAAGGAGGGGUUGCCUGUGUUGUUCGAUGCUCUGCAGUGAAAAUUGCGGAAGGCGGAGGGGUCUUGUGAAGGGGUUAUGAAUUCCGUUCAGUACAAUGAAGGAUGGUCGAGUGUUGUGACGGAUGAUGAUGACACAGGUGUUGGGAGUGGCUGCCCCGGUCUGCGAAGGCGCGAGGGGAGUGACGGCGGUGAAGGGUCGAAGAGUGCACGUACGGAGGGGGGUGGUGGAAGCGCUCGCCGCAACAGAUCUCACUCAUCAGCGGAAGGGAACAGGGGGGGGACUUUCGCUGAUGUUGCACAUGCAUUGGUGGAAUCCAAUGACAGACAAGCCGAGAAAUUGGCAGGCGGUUUUGCAAAUGCCAUGGAUGGCAUCAACAACACCCUCG